ACAAAGCCCAAUUAUUUGCGCUCGGUGCUAUUUAUGCCGGGCCAGUGUCAGAUCCUCUGGGCGCUGCGGACAACCAGUACCCAAAAGAAGCGUAGUCGGAGCAAGAAGAAAGAAACUGGCUCCGGAGCCAUCUGACCCGCUUUGAAGCCCCCCUCCCCGAACCCUUCUCGUUCCCGUCCUGGCUGCGUUCGCUUGGGCAAAGCGCGGGGCCUCAGUCUCCUCCUCCGUGAAAUGGGGUAACUGUGCAUGCUUGGUAAUUCUACACGAGGAGCUCCGCAGGUCGCAGGGACGUCAAUGUUGGGGUCCCACACCUGCGGGACCCCACCUUCCGGCGGCCCCUGCCUCGGCCCCGCCCCGGGGCUCCUGGGCUCAACGCGCGGUGCUGGCUCCAAAGUGCGUCACGGGCACCGGCCGCGCUCCUCCCGCAGCCAGGGCGAGGCUGGCACCGGGCCAGCGCGGGCCGGGCCAGGGGUGCCGGGCAGUCUCCGGGGCGGGGACCCAGGCGUGGAAGGCGCUCAAGUUGCGCGGUCCUCCGUGCGCUGCUGGGGGCGCCCUCCGCGGCGGGCAGCGCGCCAGGGACCGGCCUCCACAGCCGCCGGGCGCGCGAAGGCUACACUUUCCCUUCGGCCCCCCUCGUUUCCUUCCCGCCGGGCGGCAGCGGAGAUUUCCUCUCGGGGAAACUACGCGGAUCCUUCCCGGGGCUUCUCGCCCCGCCCCACUUCUCCGCCCCCUCCCCUUUGCUGGGGAGCCGGUGCUGACCUGCGCUGGGAAGAGGCUCUGGCAGCCUGAGCCGGGAGGUGGCGGGGCGGGGGGUGGGGGGGGCGCGGAGCCGCAGGCCACCGACGCCCCGCCAUGUGACGCUGCCCUCCGCCCAGGGACCCCCGUCGCGCCCCGAGCCCGCGCCCGCGCUGGGUCGCGCCGGGCACCAUGCUUCUGCCUGGACACGCGCGCCCGCCGCCCGCCCCGCAGCCCGCGCAGCAUCCUGGACUCCGCAGGCAGGUAGAGCCUCUCGGGCAGCUUCUGCGCCUCUUCUACUGCGCGGUCCUGGUCUGUUCCAAAGAGAUCGCAGCGCUCACGGACUUCUCCGGUAAGAAGCGCCCUCCCUCGCCCCGCGCCCCCGGCGCCGCGGUGCGCCCAGGUUAUCUAACCAAACUCCUGCAAAACCACACCGCCUAUGCCUGUGAUGGGGACCAUUUGAAUCUACAGUGCCCUCGGCAUUCUACGAUAAGUGUCCAAUCAGCAUUUUAUGGGCAAGAUUACCAAAUGUGUAGUGCCCAGCAGCCUGCCUCCCAGAGGGAAGACAGCGUAGCCUGUGUGGCACCCACCACAUUGCAGAAGGUGCUGGACGAAUGCCAGAACCAGCGGGCCUGCCACCUCCUGGUCAAUAGCCGUGUUUUUGGACCUGACCUUUGCCCAGGAAGCAGUAAAUACCUCCUGGUCUCCUUUAAAUGCCAGCCUAAUGAAUUAAAAAACAAAACCGUGUGUGAAGACCAAGAGCUGAAACUGCACUGCCACCCUUCAAAGUUUCUCAACAUCUACUCGGCGAGCUACGGCAGGAGGACCCAGGAGAGGGACAUCUGCUCCUCAGAAGCAGAGCGGCUUCCCCCCUUUGACUGCCUGUCUUAUUCGGCUUUGCAAGUAUUAUCCAGGAGGUGCUAUGGGAAGCAGAGAUGCAAAAUCAUGGUCAACAAUCACCAUUUCGGGAGCCCCUGUCUGCCAGGAGUGAAAAAAUACCUCACUGUCACCUAUGCAUGUGUUCCCAAGAACAUACUCACAGCGAUUGAUCCAGCCGUUGCUAAUCUAAAACCUUCUUUGAAGCAGAAAGAUGCCCACCCCGAGAGAGCCGCAUUGCUGUUCGUGUCCAGUGUUUGCAUCGGUCUGGCACUCACAUUGUGCGCCUUGGUCAUCCGAGUGUCCUGCACCAAGGACUUCAGGGAGCUGCAGCUGACGAGGGAGCACCUGGUGCCAGAAAGUGCCAAGGCUGAGGAAGACAGCGAGGAUGAAGAGGGGGAGGAGGACUCCUCUGACUCCGAUUUUCCAGGAGAACUGUCUGGGUUUUGUAGGACUUCGUAUCCUGUCUACAGUUCCAUAGAGGCCGCAGAGCUGGCAGAAAGGAUUGAGCGCAGGGAGCAGAUCAUCCAGGAAAUAUGGAUGAACAGUGGUUUGGACACUUCACUCCCAAGAAAUAUGGGCCAGUUCUACUGAGAAAGAGAUGCGUCUUCGUGCGAUCAUACUUUCUGAAGAGGGAAGGAUCCAAAAUGCCCCUCCAGUUCUGUUUCACUUGUACCUUCUAUGAAGGCGUAUUUGUCAGGUCAUCCAAUACUGGUAAAGCCAGAAGCUAUUAAAGGGACAUUUCAAACUGUUUACAGCGCAUUUCAAAAUAAAUUAGGAGGGAGGUCUUUGUUUUCUGUAUUUAUUUAAAUUCAUAACAUAGAGUGCACAUUUACCGAGUGCUUAUAAUGCCAUGAGCUUCUCUAGCUGCUUUUCAUGUAUUAAGUCAUUUAAUCCCCACAACUGCUUCAUGACAUAGUGCUAUGAUCCCCAUUUUACAGAUUAAACAGGAGGUCCCCUACAACCAUAAAAAAAUUGAACUGAUAUCCAGGACGGCAAGGUUGAAUCCAUCCACUAUGUGUUCACUGACGGUGGAUUUUAAUCACUAACAUUACUUGUUUAGAACAGGGGUCAGCAAAGUUUUUCUUUAAGGGCAAGAUAAUAUUUUAGGCAUUGUGGUUCAUGCCAUGACUACUCAACUCUGCCAUUGUAGCUCACAGGUAGCCAUCCAUAGCUAAUCCAUCAUGAAUGAAUGUAGCUGUGUUUCAAUAAAGCUUUAUUUAUAGAUACUGGAA